AUGAAGUUCUCGACGCUGUCGGUCGGAAUUCUGGCCCUCCUGACGCCGUUGACGGCGGCAUGGAGCAAGGAAGACCGUGAAAUCUUUCGUAUCCGUGACGAAAUCUCCGCCCACGAAGUUGACCCCGAGGCCACGUUUUACGAAAUCAUGGGCAUCCCGAAACAUGCCUCCCAGGACGCCGUCAUCCAGGCCUACCGCAAGAAGACCCGCGAGCUGCAUCCCGACAAGGUGCGCCAGCAGAUGCGCGCCCGCAAGCCCAAGGACGGCGCCACGUCGAUCAAGGCCCCCUCGUCGUCCGAGAUCAAGGCCGCCGUGAAGAAGGCCUCGGACCGGCAGGCGCGCCUGUCGCUGAUUGCCGGCAUCCUCAAGGGCCCCUCGCGCGACCGGUACGACCAUUUCCUCGCCAACGGCUUCCCGCUGUGGAAGGGCACCGACUACUACUACAACCGCUACCGGCCCGGCCUGGGCACCGCCAUUGUCGGCGUGCUCAUGUUUGUGGGCGGCGCCGUGCACUACCUGAUCCUCUACAUGAACUGGAAGCGCCAGAAGGAGUUUGUCGGCCGCUACGUCAAGUUUGCGCGCAACACGGCCUGGGGCGGCAACAUUCCCGGCCUCAACACCGAGCCCACGCCAGCGGCGGCCCCCGCUGCCGAGGAGGAGGAGGACCCUGCCAUGCCGCAGCCGCGCAACCGCAAGGAGCGCCGCAUGAUGGAGAAGGAGACUCGCAAGGACGAGGGCCGCCCGGCCAAGAAGAAGGAUCGCAAGACCCGCGCCGUGUCCAAGCCAUCGUCGCGUGAUGCCUCCGUUGCGCCUACUGGUGUCAAGAAGAGAGUCGUUGCCGAGAAUGGCAAGGUUCUCGUCGUUGACUCCCAGGGUGACGUCUUCCUCGAGGAGCAGGAUGAGGAGGGCAACGUCCACGAGUACCUCCUUGACCCCGAGGAGCUGGCCGCACCUACCUACAAGGACACGGCCGUCGUCCAGGUCCCCCUGUUCCUGUUCAACGCCUCGGUCGGCCGCCUGUUUGGCAGCAAGGCCGAUGACGAGGCCGAGGCUGACGAGGCCGCGGACGACGACUCGGAUGCGCCGCAAAACACGCCCAGCACCGACUCUGCGGGCGAGGACUUUGAGGUGAUUAGCAAGAGCACCGAGUCGCUGAGCAAGGCCAAGACGAGCGGCGCGCAGCAGGGCGGCAAGGCCGGCAAGCGCAAGAACAAGAAGAGGUAA